AUGGGUAAACGGUCGACCCCGGAGUUUGCAAUCCAAUGGACUAAAUCAACAACUGGGAUUCUAUUCACGUGGCCAGAGAGUCCGAAAGCAACACGAACCAUAGUAAUCAUUCUGAAAAUCGGGUGGUGGGUUUUCUUGACUGUUGCCGCAUUACAGAUCAUGCUAUCAUUUUACACAGCAUGUAGAGUACGAAACAGUUUUAUGCAACUCAUUCAUAACUUAUUCGACACAUUCAGCAUGGUCCAAGUCGUUUUUAGAAUGAUUAUUGGGAAACAUCAUCAUCAUCGGUUUCAGUAUUUAAUUGAAGAGAUCGAGUCCUUCAUGUUGAAUGCCAACGCUCAUGAACGGGAAGUACUUUCAAGGUGUGUAAAACGAGUAGCUCCUUUUCACCUCAGCUAUAAUAUCCUCGCUAUCAGUGCAUCGCUGGGUUACAUACUGGGUCCUGUCACACUUGAGCGGUCAUUACCGAAUAAAUUGGAGUAUCCAUUUGCCGUGGAUGAACAUCCUACUUACGAUAUUGUCUAUUUAUGGGAAAGCAUAGGAGUUAUUCAAUGUUAUUGUUCUACCGCUUUUAUUUGUCAAGUGAGUCUCCUCCUUUGGUAUGGAACAAUACAACUUGAAAUUCUCGCUGGAAAAAUGAAAAAAGUCAGCAGCGCUCAAGAACUGAAAGAGUACAUUAACAUACAUCAUCAUAUACUUUGGUAUAUCGAUGAAUCCAUCAAAACCGUCCGACCCGUGGUUUUGACGACAGUUGCAAUGGCUACGUUAACCAUCCUGUGUGGCGAAAUCACCAUAGUUGGUAAUGGACCAAUCGUUGAAAAAAUGCAGUUUGUGGUGAUUGUAGUUGCAUACUCGAUAGAACUCCUUUGUGUUGCAUGGGCUGCAGAGAGUUUAACUACAGCGUGCGAAGAUGUCGGUUGGGAGCUGUACAACUCUCCGUGGCUGCAAAAUUCAAAAGAAUUGAACAGGGCUGCCAUUUUCGUGAUGCAGAGAUGUCAAAACCCGCCGGUAAUUGCCAUCAGCGGAUUGUUGCCGAAAUUAUCCAUGAGCUGGUAUGCAACGUAUAUAUCAAGCACAUAUUCUUUUUUCACAACACUACGUGUUAUACUUCGGAAAAUUGAGGACGAUUUGUGA